GAUUUCAUGCGCCAAUGGCUUCCGCGGCGAGAUGCAUUUCUUCAACUCCUGGUCGAUCUAGAGGGUCCACGGGAAAGGCGACAGUGCUCCGGGUGCAAUGCGGAGUGGAGUCCUUGGCGGUGCAUUGACUGCUUCGCUCGGCCGAGCUUUUGCACGGCUUGCUGCCUGAGUGAGCACAACCGAAAUUACCUCCACCGGAUUGAGAAGUGGAUACCCGUGGACGGAACCAAUCUCUCCAGCGGACCAGCACCCGAGGAACCCGAGGACAGCAGAAGCGACGCAGGAGAGUGGGAGGAUGUCGAGAGCGAGAUGUUGGCAAGCGCUCGAUGCCGCGUUUUUGAACUCAUCAGCGGAGAUGACCUCUGCCAGAAGCUCACAGUUGUUGACGUGACUGGCGUGCACACAAUUCGCGUAAUGUUCUGUCAGUGCAACGAACCACCUGAAAAAAGCAUUCAGCUUCUCUCCCUCGGUCUCUACCCCGCCUCCAUGCUUGCGCCCCGGACCGCCUUUACCUUCCACGUAUUGGACGAUUUCUUGCUUGCCAACAAGAUCUCUGGUAUCGCCGCUCAAAGCUACUUUGAAAGACUACGUCGUCUCACCAACAACGCGUUCCCCACUCAUGUCGCCGACCGAUACCGAGAGCUCCUUCGAGCCAGUCGUCAAUGGCGAAACCUCAAGUAUAGGAAGUGGCAUGGCUACGGUCAUGGUCGAGGCACAGUAGGGCCUGGUGAUCUCGCCUUUGGAUGCGUCGCUUGUCCAAGGCCGGGUAUAAACCUCAAAGACGACUGGCAGCAAGACCCCAACCAGUGGAAAUUCACGCAAACAUUCGUCAUGGACGGAAAUUUCAGCGCCGAGCAUCUCAAGAUGCGAAACCCUCGAGAAGAUGUGUCUUUGGCUGAUGGUCAUGGCUUUAUGGUCACCGACGACCCAUACAAGCGCCAUCUGAAAGAGGCGGUAGACGAUCGUGAGAAAUCGAGUUGUCACGCCCAUCGAGCCGUAAGCCAAGCAAAUGCGGACAGACACGAUAUGGAAGCCACUGGGAUUGGUGCGGUAGCCUGCGGGCGGCACGGCUGUUUCGUGCCUCACGCUGUGGUUGACUUUCAGAAAGGCGAACGGCAAAUGAACAUGGACUACGCGCUGUCUCAGGCUCUUCGUUUCUAUCAAGGCUUGGGGAUAUUCAUCAUAAUGUAUGACAUCGCCUGUCAAUACAGCAAGAAGGUGGUCGGACGGUUCACCAAGGCCGAGGAAUAUCUUCUAUGGCCGAUUCUCGCCCUAAUUUACUGGGGCAUCGGGCUGUUUCAUAUCCACGGGCAUCAAUGGGACUGCUUGCCGAAGUACUCCCCAGACUUUAUACCGGGAGCCGGUCGAGUAGACGGGGAGGUGAUCGAGACACUGUGGUCACCUCUGAAUCGCAUAUCGGGAAGCACAAGGGCGAUGUCAACCUCCCAUCGAAAAGAGGUCAUUGACGACCACAUGAACGAUGCUAAUUGGAGGAAGACUGUUGGCAUGGUGAAAAUGCUUUCACGGCGAUACAAGGAGGCAUCGACGGAGCGUGUAAUAUCAAAGGACGUGCUGAAAAAGCUGGAGGAAUCCAGUGAUCCAGAGCGGUUGCGAGAGUGGAAGGCCAUCGAGGCAAGGGCUCGAGCGAAGAGGCGUACCGAUUUGAGCGUGAUGGAGCCGUAUGAGAUCACACAAGAGAAAGCACCCAGCAAACGAGAGAUUCAGCUUUUGCUGGAAAAGGAGGAAGGACGGCUCAAGCAAGAGACCGGCCUCGCCUCUUGGCUUGCGGAAGGGCUUUCGCUUCAGGAACAACAGGUAGCAGUCUCUGGACUGGCCAGGCGUCAGAAGAAGGACCCGCUCCUUGCCUCACAGCUGGAGCUGGUCGGCAAGAGGAACCGGCUGCAGAGAGGCGUAGAUCGCUUCUCUGCAAAAGCCAGCGCCUUUUGGACCGCUGAAGACUCCGAAGAUCAGGACAUAAUUUGGCCCGGCGACGACAUUGAAGGACUUCCUCCGCCCUAUACUGGCGAUGAUUGGGAAGAUAUCGACGGCGAUCCUGACGUUGCUGAUUCCAUUGUCGUUAUUCACGAGGCGGAGGACAUCAUUCAGCCUGAGGCGGUUGCGCUACCUCUUCCCUCAACUUGGGGAAUGCAGAAACUACGCGACCUUAAAAAAACAAGGCUGGGCGAGCAGGAACUCCGCCUGCGGGAAGGGCAGGCGAAUGAUGCUCUUCACCGCCUGCGAAUGGCGAUCGGACUGAAGUCGGUAGUCUUUCGAACUAAUGUCCGUGACGGCGAUGGUCAGCAUGCGAAGACUAGGGCAUGGACGCAGAUUCAAGCCAUUGCAAGGACCGCGACCGAACAGGCGCGUCUGUACUCUCUGGCAAGAAACACAAUGAAGCGCCUACGAGACGCCUUUGACACAUGGGUUCGGACUCUUCCAGAAGUAAUGCAGCGCUAUCGACCCCUCUACAAGGAAGAUCUGAACGCUACUACGCAUCUUGUCGACAAUGCAGAGCGGAACUCCCGCCACAAGGUCCUGUCCUGGAUAUGGUCGGUGGACGUUGGUUUGGAUACAGAGAACUCGGAUUGGCUGCUGGAAAUUCAUAGGGUGAACUGGCUUCGUGAAAAGGCGAAGUCUGAUCGCUGGAACGAGCAAUCAGCAAUAGUGGGAGAGGAGAUGAAACAGACCGUUCGCUCCUUCGAGUUCAGAGCUACUCAGUGGAAAGGCCGACAAGUGGGCACGGCAGGACAGCAGUCUUAUGCACUUCGACAGGCGGCACUCUGGCAAAGUCUAGCUGAUGAUGCGCGAGCGGCAUUCACCAAG